AAUGCACGGGAAAAAAGAGCAAGAAGAAGAGUAUAUAAGGAAAGGUCCAUGGAAAGCUGAAGAAGAUGAGGUGCUACUGAACCACGUGAAGAAGUAUGGCCCCAGAGAUUGGAGCUCCAUUCGAUCCAAAGGCCUUCUUCAAAGAACUGGCAAGUCGUGUCGUCUUCGUUGGGUCAAUAAGCUUCGACCAAACCUUAAGAAUGGUUGCAAGUUUUCACUAGAAGAAGAGAGGGUUGUGAUAGAGUUGCAGGCACAAUUUGGGAACAGGUGGGCUAAGAUUGCAACUUAUUUGACAGGGAGAACAGACAAUGAUGUUAAAAAUUUCUGGAGCAGUAGGCAAAAGAGGUUGGCUAGGAUUCUGCAGACAUCAGCAACAAAAUCGCAGAAAAACAAAACUAAAGUUCCUACCUCUGUUGAUGUUCCAACUUUGGAGGUAGCUCCUAAGUUCAGUUCAUCAUCAGAGGGAGAACCAUCGUCAAAGCCUCAUUCAUGCUCACUACCCUUCUUCGAGAAUUCCGAGGUUAUCAAAAUGGUGUCAUUGCCAGAUCUAAUAAAGCCCGAGUUGCCUAGUUCUCACACAACCCAAUUUGAACAAGAGUUCACCCUUUUCGAUAGCUACGAAAACACUGAACAGAAUCAGCACGUUGCCUUUCCUCAGAUUCCAGAACUGCACAAUGAUCUCGCAUUCUCAAUGGAUGAGCCAUGUUUCAUUGAAGACUUUGGUCCCCUUGAUGCAUCUGAGUUUGGAACUUUCUUUGAGUCACCAGGAAGCUGCAGAAUAGGGACGAGGGACACGGUUGAUAACUCCAGAAACAGUGACAGCUUCUUCGAUGAUUUUCCUGUGGACAUGUUUGAUCAUAUGGACCCAACUGAGAGCCCUUCUAAUCUCUGA